AGAGAGCUUGUGGUUAGGUCGAAGGUGAACACACCACACACACUUUUCUUCCCAUGCUGUAGUAGACUGACGCCGAGCUUUAUUUGGUUGCCUACAGGCGGCCCACUUUAAAAGCGCGAGGUUCCCCCUCAUCUCCAGGACAACCAGUAAACGCUACCGGAAUUUAUCGCCUUCACCAGUGGCACCAGGACGCACAGAGGAUCACUGAUCCUGCAAUCGAGCUGCCCUGAGUGAGAAUUUUUCAUCCUUCCUGAAAGGUUCACAUAGACUACCUCCACUGAGAUAAACUGGACUUCUCUUUGAACGCUUUCCUGUUUCCGUUUACGCGACGUCACGAGUUUAAAACACACCGGAGAAGAGUCGUGACAUGACGCGCAGAGCACCAGCUUCUGUCUGCGUGUAGAUGGGCAGCAGAGGGUGGACACUAACAUUUCGGAUUUUCUGCGAUGAGACAGCUUGAUCCGUGGUAAAGGAGCUCGCACUGACCAGAGAUGUUCACCUCAUUUUCUCUAAACGUCUCUUCUACUUCCCCGACUACUUCCCCGACUCUUUCCUCUGCGGAUCAGCUCUCAGCCAUAAUGAUUGCAUUAUCUUGUCUUGCGGUUUUUGUAGUGAUUGUUCUGCUGGGCUCUCUCAUCUAUCGUAAGGACCCUUUCUGCUGUAAAUCCCGGGCUUAUCAUGACUCACAUGCUGACUUGGAACCUUCCUCUCAACACUACAGCAGCAGGCAGACUUUGGUGAGCUCACCUUGCACUGAUUUACCCCAAACCUUUGAAAGCCUCAAUAACAUCAACCCGGAGUCAGGGCAGCUGUUCUACGUGGGCUUGUCCAGCACAUACUGCCUCCCACCUAUGGACUCGUCCCUGCCUCAUCUGCCCUCCUACGAGAGCGUGCGUAAGAAGGAUAGACAGCGGCAGAUUCACAUGAUGAUUGCAGACCGCUUUGGUCUGAAUGGACCUGCUCCAGCAGUGACAGAGGCUCCACCCACGUAUGAGGAAAGCGUUCGGCAAUCUCUUCAGUCACUUCAGAACUCAGACCCUAGCCCUACCCCUAUGCCUAUGCCUAUUCCUAUCCCUAUCCCUAUCCCCAAUUCUAACUUUAACACCAACCCUAACGCUAUAUCACCAAUGAGGCCACAAGACGUUCUCUCUCAGCCUGUGAAUCCCUUGCCUCAAUAUGAGGAACAAACUCACAAUACUACCUCACCAGAAUGUAAUAAUGACCCUCAACCUGAGGAAUCAGAUUAAUGAAGGAGACUUAUACUGUUCUAGCCUCUUCAGUUAUGCUGAUGGACAAUAAAAAACUGUUGAUGUUGGAACUGUUGAUGUUUCACUUGAAAAUUUCAAUUUUUGAUUAAACUGGUGCAACUCAGAGGCUGAAAAGGUGAAAAAGGAGAAGAGGAAGAAGAAGAAGAUGAAGGAUAGAAAGAAGUCUUUACAGCAACACAAACACAGAGCCGCAAGGAAAAUGUUACCAGUAUUCAGAAAAAACUAUUCAACUGGAGCUUUGUUUAUCAGUGACUCCUGACACGACGUCAGAGGAUUUGACUGCAGCUUAAAGCAAAAAUGAAACAGACGGACAAAUUACAAAGGACAACCAUGAUCCAGCCUUGACUAAGCUUUCUCAGGUAACUUUUAGAUAGUGAUUUGUUAGCGAGAGAGAUAAAUAAUUGAUAUUGUUUCUUUUUCAUUCUUUCCUUUGUAUAUUGUCUUAUUGCCUUUAUAUAUAUAUCAGUUUUUCCUGACCCCUUGUAACGGCGGUUGCCCCCCCCACUCCCCUGUGUUUUACACAGCAUGACUGAAACCAUGUAAAAUUAUUAUUAUGUCCAAGAAUGUUUUCGUUUUCUUUUUUUUCUUUUUUUGAGAACAUGUCAAACACGUUAUAGGGUUUGCAUAGCUUUGGAGCAGGAGUAAUAGUACGCAGAUCCAGAGUUGAAAGAGCUCCAUUGGCAUUACAGUUAAAGAAUAAGCUUGUCCGGGAAAACUGUCAUUGAAUGUAAAUCUAUUUAGGAAUUGAAAUAUAAUUGCUAAAUCAAUCAAUAAAUCAAUCAAACA